AUGGCUCAGAACCCCUCAGCAGUAAACAACAAAAAGGAAGUGCCCGACAGGCGAACAUGCAUUCUUGACACCGUCCUCGACGCCAUCGGCUCCACCCCCUGCAUCCGACUCAAUCACGUGCCGAAGAAACACGGCGUGUGCUGCGAUGUGGUUGCAAAGUGUGAAUUCCUCAACCCCGGUGGCAGCGUCAAGGACCGCAUUGCUCGGCAAAUGAUUCUGGACGCAGAGGCGAGUGGCCGACUGCGCCCCAAUCAAACAAUUAUUGAGGCGACAAGUGGGAACACGGGCAUCGGGCUCA